UUACACAGGACUUCGAGGCCACAUUUAAAACGGGUAUAGUUCCACUAACAUCAGCAGAGAUGUGUCCUCUUACAUGUGUGAGCAGGGCCCUGAAUCUUCCUUCUUGAAACCUACAGAAGAAUAGUUCCAUGCACUUAGUUUAGAUACAGAGGAGUUGAAAUAAAAAAUGUCUGAUGACAUGAGUGACGCAGUACCCAUUGAAGGAAAACCUGAAACAAUGGCAAUGCCUAGUAGUGAUGAAUUGGCUAAUGAUACAGCAGAACAUAGUGAAAUACCUGGGAUCUUGCAUGGGUCUUCCCAAGAUGAACAGAGACAAGUUUCUUAUAAUACUAGUAAUGGACAGGAAGGGGACAUGGCUAUCAAUGAAAAUCCUUUGACUAUGGAAGUAAUUGCAAGUCAGCCUUCCAGCAGAAAGGUGACUGAAAACGUGCCUACUGACUGCAGCGAGUCUGUGAGCCUUGAUCCUGAACCUGGAUCAGAAGUGACACCAAAUGAACAAAGCAGUCCAGAUUUGGACUCCUCUCCUAAAGGAAGUGGAUGGGGAGCAUGGGGAUCAUGGGGCAAAUCUCUGCUGUCAACAGCCUCUGCCACAGUUGGUCAUGGAUUAACAGCAGUAAAGGAAAAAGCAGGGGCCACUCUUGGAAUUCAUAAUGCAAGUUCAAUAUCUUCAGAAGGUGCACAACCUGCCACAACUGAGAGCAAAACACUAGGGAUCAAUUCCGACGAUGCCCCAGAGCAGAGCUCCACUGGGGUUUCACCCUCUUCUCCUUCAUCUGGAUCUCGUGGGAUGCUGUCAACAAUCACCAAUGCUGUACAGAACACAGGAAAAAGUGUCUUGACUGGUGGUUUAGAUGCUUUGGAAUUUAUCGGCAAGAAAACUAUGAAUGUCCUGGCAGAAGGUGAUCCUGGAUUCAAGAGAACCAAAAUACUGAUGGAAAGAACAGUUUCCUUAUCUCAGCUAUUGCGAGAAGCUAAAGAGAAAGAGAAGCAGAGAUUGGCUCAGCAAGUUACAGUUGAAAGGACAGCGCAUUAUGGGCUACUUUUUGAUGAGUUCCAAGGUUUAUCUCAUCUUGAAGCACUGGAAAUUCUGUCAAAUGAAAGUGAAGCCAAGAUUCAGUCAUUUUUAAUGUCACUUAGUGGAGAAGAGUUGGAAACUGUGAAAAAUGACUUAAUUUCUAUUAAAGAGAUCUUCAUUCCAAAGGAAUCAAACGAUGAAGAGGAUCAAGAGAAAAAAGCCAACAUGGGAGAAGAGUUUGUUAGUAUGCUUACUGAGCUGCUAUUUGAAUUGCAUAUUGCUGCCACUCCUGACAAACUUAAUAAGGCAAGGAAAAAAGCUCAUGACUGGCUGGAAGAAACCAUUUUCAGUCAGAAGAAAAGAAUAGAGGCUGAAAAAAAGACUGAUCAAGGAAGAAAAGAAGAUGGUGAUGAUGAUAAAACAGAAAAAGAAAAGAGAAACAGAACUGUGGAGGAAAUCUACAUGCUGUCUAUUGAAAGCCUUGCUGAGGUAACAGCUCGUUGUAUCGAACAGCUUCAUAAAGUAGCAGAAUUGAUUCUUCAUGGGCAAGAAGUGGAAAAGACAGCCAAGGAUCAAGCAAAAGUUAUGACAAAUUUAACAAGUGCCAUGUGCAAUGACGUGUUGUCUUUAUCUAAGAAGUUUUCUGAUUCUUUAACUGUAACUGGGAGCAUGAAGAAGGCAGAGAUUCUUAAUCCAAUGGUCAAUGGUGUGCUUUUAGAGGGCUGCAACAGCACUACUUAUAUUCAGGAUGCUUUCCAGCUGUUGCUUCCGGUUCUUCAGGUUUCACAUAUCCAGACCAAUUGUUUGAAAGCACAACAAUGAGUUUCUCAGCAGUUGUCAUCACCGUGUGUAAAAGAAACAACAAGCCUAAUCUCUUUAAUGUAUGCAAUUUGAAGAGAUGGCACAAAAGAUGUCUGGCAACUGAGGGGCCUUUUGGGGACACUAAAGGCAGUUUUGCACAUGCAGUACUGAAAAAUAUUUGAGAAAAAUUAAUUAGAUGUCCUUUAACUUGAUACAAUUACAGUACUAGAAUUGAUCAUUUAUUUUCAAGUUAGUAUAUAUUCACAUUAAUUUAAACUGAAGAAGUGUUUGUUGAAAUUAGUAUCAACUUCAAUACGAAGAGGGUUAUUAAUAUUGACACUUUUAACUCUAAACAAUUACGUCUGAAGGAAAUUUGAAAAUAAUGUUUUUUAAACAUUUUAGUCCAGGUGCACCAUUUCAAAAUUCCACAUUUUAAUUCUCAAUUUAAAGUGUUUACUUUUGAAAGUUAGUUUCUGUAUUUAACCUUCAUUAAUUCUCAAGUUAACUGGGCAAAUUAAUUCUGUUCUGAGUGUUCCAAUAUUAUUUCUUCAGUGACAGUCUGAUAGUAAUUCUCUGCACUCAUAAAAUGCUUUGUGUUCAAAGAGCUGUACAACAUUAAGCAAACCUCAGCUAAUUAAAACUAUGAAAAAUAUGCAUAUCAGACAUGCUGAAGUGAAACUGUCUGAGCCAGUUAAGGCAUAGGCAAAACUGUACUUGUGCUGACCCAUAUUGUAUAUUUAUUGUAUUUAUGCCAGUCCCUUUACUCUGAUUGGCCAAAAGACAUUAUAGGCCAGAGUAGACUGAUUUGCAUAAUAAUCAGAUAAUCAUUUCCCCAGCUGCACAGUAAUUAAGCAAAUCCCUUCAUUUUGGUUGGCAGUUGCCCUUGCAACUUUCACAAUCUGUGCACCCAGAACAAAUGGAUUGCCUUGUCUUCUCAGCUUUUUCCUCCAUCUAUCAUUUAAUCUAAAUCUGGAAUUUAAAUGCAGAUUUUUCAUAAAAGAGAAUACUGCUAGGGUGGAAUUGGAAGAAAGUUUUUAGGGAGGGUUAAAGAAGAUGAGAAGGAGUUAUAAAAAGAUUGAGUUAGGUGGAGUGAUGAGGUAGGGAGAUUACAAGUUAAAAGCAUGUUGUGGGAACGUGGAAGAUGAAUUCUGUGCACACAAAUAACCCGAGAGGGUGGAAAGCACGUUUCAGUAGAACAGUAAUUUAAGGGUUCUUCUGCUAAACUUGGUGAUAGCUAUAUUUUGGGAUUAAUAAAUUCCCAGCUCUUUAGCCUCAUAGUUUAUUUUGCCCAGGUUAAAAUUAUUACCUCACAACUCUAGAACCCUUCAUUUAUUUAAGUAGCCAGUUCUGAAUUGUCCUUGUUUAUUAUAUUUCUCUGAGCUACAAUGUAAUUUGUCAUCCUGAUAUAAUGAUGAGUGCUAUUUAAAUAUUGUAAAAUUGUAGCUAACAUCUGAAUAUAUUUAACCAUUCAAGCAAUGGUCACACAUAAACAUAAUCAGAAUAGAAUAGUAGGAAAUGUUAUAAUUGUAUUUGUUAGAAAUGAGAAGCCAUGUAUCUGCCUAGACUCAGGGUAUGUCUAGACUACAUGCCUCUGUCGCCAGAGGCAUGUAGAUUAGGCUACCAGACAUAGG